AGAGGCAUCCAGAGGAAUCUCCCGGAGAAUACAACUCUGACAGCACCGGUGAUGGGUCCCACGGAGAACACAGAGUUCCAAGCCAGGAGGCCGCGGGUGUGCAGCCUUGCCUGGCAGGACACUGCCCCUUCUAAUUUGCCUGGGACUCACCUCUGCCUCCCCACACCGCCCAAAAGGACAGGCUUCAGUGCAGCCAGCUCAUGAUUGAAGGGGAAGGAGGAAGCUGCUUGGUGAAGCAAGAGACCCAAAAAGGUUUACCCAGCCCUGAAGGUCUGGUCUGGGACCGGAAAAAAAAGUCCUCUUUUGUCUUCAGCCACUCUCUGGUCCCUUUCCCACCGGCUGGCAGUGUGGCUCUGGCCAGUGUCAGGCACGCAGUAGGAAGCUAUCCAGCUCAUGUUGGCUUCCCCCUUUGACCUGUCCAUCAGCCAACAAAUGCACAUUUACUUAAUAUCUUCUGUGUGUUGGGGACUGUGUGUCAGCAUCGGAGGCAGAAGAGAAUGGACCAGCUCUCUGUUUUCAUGGCCACAGACAAGCGGAAGGCGCUGGAAGAGACAAUGGCUUUCACCACCCAGGCCCUGGCCAGCGUGGCCUACCAAGUGGGUAACCUGGCCGGGCAUACUCUUCGAAUGCUGGAUCUACAGGGUGCUGCCCUGCGGCAGGUGGAAGCCAAGAUGAGCACACUGGGCCAGAUGGUAAACAUGCAUAUGGAGAAAGUCGCCAGAAGGGAGAUUGGUACUUUAGCCACUGUUGUGCGGCUGCCCCCUAGCCAGAAGGUCAUCCCUCCUGAGAGCCUGCCUCCCCUCACCCCGUACCACAGAAAACCCCUCAACUUUGCCUGCUUGGAUGACAUUGGUCAUGGAAUCAAGGACUUGAGCACGCAGCUGUCACGGACCGGGACCCUGUCUCGCAAGAGCAUAAAGGCGCCUGCUACCCCUGCCUCCGCCACGCUGGGGAGACCACCCCGGAUCCCUGAGCCGGUGCAGCUCCCCGCCGUGCCUGACGGCAGACUCUCCGCUGCCUCCUCUGCCUCUUCCUUGGCCUCGGCAGGGAGUGCGGAAGGUGCCAGCGGGAUUCCCCAGUCCAAGGGACAGGUAGCGCCUGCAACCCCGCCGCCGCCUCCACCGGCAGCACCAGCAACCCCGCCUCCUCCUCCACCGGUAGCGUCUGCAACCCCACCUCCUCCGCCAUUGUCUCCUGAGGUCUUCUUGCUGUCCCCUCUGCCGGAGGUGUCCCAGCUUCCUCCGGAAGCAGAGCUGCCCCUGCCUCCUCCCCCAGCUCUAGAGGAGGCUGCACUGGGGCUGCUGCCUCCGCCCCCACCAGGUUUUGGACCAGAUGAGCCCAGCUGGGUCCCUGCUACCUACUUGGAGAAAGUGGUGACACUGUACCCAUACACCCGGCAGAAGGACAAUGAGCUCUCCUUCUCUGAAGGCACCGUCAUCUGUGUCACCCGCCGCUACUCGGAUGGUUGGUGUGAGGGUGUCAGCUCGGAGGGCACUGGAUUCUUCCCAGGGAACUAUGUGGAGCCCAGCUGCUGACAGCCCGGAUCUGUCCCCUCAGUGGGCCUCUCAAGCCGCAAGAUGCCAGCUCCCACAGCCGAAGCUGGACUGAGGACCUGUCUACCUCUCGGGACUGUGAACUGUGUUCAGUCCCUGCUCCGCACGGCAGUGGGAAGGGGGGCUAGAGAGGGGGAUUACCCCGGGGGGGGGGAUUGCCACAGAUGGCAGAAACAAAACAAAACAAAAAGCUAAACUUAGACCCUUCGCUCAUGCACAGAAGACGGCCAGCUUUGAAUAAAACUGUUGACCUUC